GGUUGGCAACACUUGUUUGUUGCUACACGGUUUGCUUUUUACAGCUUACUUGUUACCAAGUUAAAUUUUAUUAUUGUUUGUCAUUUCAAAGAAUUGAAAAUUGAAGGAGUAUAGUGAAAGGUUUUAAACUAAGAAGAAAUACACUAAAAAGUGACCUUUUUUAAAUGUUUUUUCUGCGUUAUGUAGUUUAUGAACGAAGAUUUUUUUUUAUUUGUUUGUUCAUAACCCAUGAUUUGUAGUCCCAUCCUCUUGUUUUUCUAGGGAGGUAUGCCCCCAAAAAGUCGAACUAGUACAAGGUUAAAUUAAAAGGACACAGUGGAUUGUGAGGUGGAUUGCUGCGGGCGAUGGACAACAGUCGCAGUGCAGAGAAGCCCCCACGCCUGGACCCCGCACAGGCCGACAUGAUGCCACCGCCCCCUCCGCCCCCGCCGUCCACAUCCACAUCCACUGGCGCGGCGGCGAGCGUGACAGUGGUCCCGCCUCAGGCGCUCAUGACUGCCGUGCAGCCUGCGUCGGGGGAGCACACUCUCCGGCCAGUCGUGCAGAACGUGGUGGCGACGGUGAACCUGUCGUGCCCUCUGGACCUCAUGAAGAUCACGUUCCGCACGCGCAACUCCGAGUACAACCCGGCGCGCUUCAACGGCGUGGUGAUGCGCAUCAACGAGCCCCACACCACGGCGCUGGUCUUCCAGACGGGCAAGAUGGUGGUGACCGGGGCGCGCUCCGAGGAUGCGGUCAACCUGGCCGCCAGGAAGUACGCGCGCAUCAUCCAGAAGCUGGGCUUUCCCGUGCGCUUCGUGGACUUCAGGAUCCACAACAUGGUGGGGACGUGUGACCUGCGCUUCCCUGUGCGACUGGAGGACCUGCAGCAGAUGCACAGCCAGUUCUGCAGCUUCGAGCCGGAGCUGUUUCCUGGGCUCGUGUACCGGCUGGUGAAGCCUCGUGUGGUUCUGCUGAUAUUCGUGAACGGCAAGGUCGUACUCACAGGUGCGAAGACACGCAAGGAGCUCAAUGAAGCCAUUGACACGAUGUUCCCCAUCAUCAAGAGCUUCAAGAAGCAGUGACGCGUGCCCGAAAGGUGCCGUGGUAACUGCCGUCUGUCUUGUCGAUCUUGCCGAUCCUGUGCUUGUCCCACGGAGCGCAAGUGUUGCAGUAAAAUUGUGGAUGGUGUAAGACUUGUGUACAUUGACGUAUGAGUAGAAUCACUGUACGUCUGUGUCGUUCAUGGAGGAGCAACAUAUACGCAUGCUGCUGGAGAGUACUGCUAACUACAACGUAUUUACAAUAUAGUUUUUGUAGCAAUUGUUGCUGGAAUCUAAGUAUCCAAUACUCAGAGAAAGUAAGUACAGUAUUUAUUUUUAUCACUGGGAAGUAAUAAUAUUCCAUUGUUAGUGCAGAUAUACUGUACAUAUGUUUGUUUGAUCAUUCAUUUAUUCCUUUUUUUGUCAUUAAUUGAUUAUGUUAUUUAUUCUUCAUUAAUUAUGGCCAUUAAUAUUUUAAAGAAAUAAUUUUUAAGAGUAGUUUGUAUUUCUUCUUUGCUAUUAAUGAGCAAUGUUAUGGUAUUUUUCCAGUAGAUUUUUUCAAUUUUAUUUUACUUGUUAAUUACAUGUAGGUCUACACAUAGCUGGUCAUUUCAUAUUUUUAGUGAAAAUGUAUGAACCAACUCAUUGUUUCAUUUUGUUUACUUAAUUUUACAAAUGGGUUAUUAAUUGAUAGAAUAUAAUACCUAUUUAUUUAAGUAUUAUAUUUCUUUAAAUUAGAGCUUUAAUAUUUAUGAUGAAAAAUUUGUCAUUGCUGUAAAAUGUUUUAAUGGUAUGUGUCUGCAAGUGAUGGAAACAGCUGGUGCUAAUUGAUGUUUAGUUCUCGUGCGCUAUUUAGAGAUUUUAUGUUUUCAAUAGAUUUAGUAGUUGAUUUCUCAGGUAUAACAGUCUGUAAGUGAAUCUACCAUUCUUAAUAGUUUAAUGUACGUGAUACCGAUAUUAUAUAUCGGCAAAAUAUAAUGUUAUUGUAAUUUUAUUUGGACAUUAGAGCGCUAAUUGACUUAUUGCUGUGCAAUUUUUCUGUGUUGUAAAAAUUAUUUUAAGCGACUUAGAUGUUUAAAAAGUCAAUUAAUAUAUUGUUGCUGUGAUUAAACCAAAAUGUUAUUAAAAAAUAUGUAAAAAUAAUCUCUCGUAAAUUAUAUUGUGGUGUGUGUCUGUUGAAAACAAAGUGCACAUGAAUAAAUCUCCAUAGUGGUAAGCUAUGUAAAAAUGGGUACCAUUAUUUCAAAUGAGCGGGAGGGUGACUUGUUGCUCACGUUACAAGCAAACUGCUCGGGCGAUGGUUCUCACUCAGUGUUUGGCAUGUUCCAAGCACCGAGCGCCCAGUGGACCAGUGUUGCAGAGGGCCGGGCUGUUAGGCCCCUGUCCACCCGGGCACACACACGGUUGGAGAGCUUCAGCGGGGUCUGUUUACUAAAAGCAUGUAAGAAUACUGUGGGGGUGAACGUGUAGUUGUGUCAGUUUUAAACUAUAUUUUUCGAAGAUUGAAAAUACCUAAAGCGUGUGUUUUCAGAACAAUUUUUGAAAUGAAUCAUACAGUACAAAUGCUUGAAAGCACUCAAGGGACUUGCAUUACAAUUUUAUCUUCAUUUCUUUGCCAUGCAACUUUAUAGAUUCAGUUCCAACCACAUAGUUUUAUUUUGCUUGACGAGAAGACUUUUCGCCAGUCCACAGCCUUGCGCUUGGAGAAGAUACCAAGUUAGAAACACUUGUGUGUGUCGCACUUAUCACGCCUCAUUGGUACAAAUACACCCCUGACUAGGUGGGUCCCUUACGUUUUGUUAUUUUGGACAUAAUGGUGCAAUUACAACAUCCUGUCGCUUCCAUCCAACAUUGCUCCGUCCAUCAGCGCCGUAAUGAUAGCCCAGUGAUUUGCAAUACGACUUCAUCUGUACAUCAAAAACAUUUUCCCAAAUGAGUGCAGUCAACAAACUGUUUUCUCACAGGGAUUUAUUUUGAUGCAUUUUACUACUGUACAAAUUUUUUCCGUACAUAAUGUGUAAGCAAAUCCUGUGAAGAGUUUAGAGUCAUUAUUGGAUUGUUUGGACGUGAGUUUUAAUAGCAGCUAUGUUGUUAUGCAAAAUGUAAACACAAAACUGUUGAAUGGAGAAAAAAAAUCCACAGGUUUGUGUUCUGAAAGCAAUUACCUAGCAUAACCAUUGGUUUUUUCAUCUGUCAAAAUUACCACUUUGUUAAACUUUUCACGUACAGACGGUUUGAAUUUUUUGGGCCAUUUAAUUGUUUGGAGGUAAUGUGAUUUACGGAUGGAGGCAAUAGGCUAUAUAGUAAUUUUGUCUUUCUUCGCAGUAUUAUUCCAUGAAUAGGUCUAGCUUUAUGAAAAAAUCUUAAAUUAAAUCCAGCAGCAGUUAGCGUUUAAUGAGCUGAUUUAACGUAUAGUACUAACCAGAUUGUAAAUAUUGUGAUAUUUGUAAACAUAUUUUUUUCAAUAAUCCAAUGGACAUUAUUACUAUUAUUAAUUUUAGAGCACACAAAUUAGUUAAGUGUUGUUUUUGCCUGUAAUUGAGAAGAAUUUCCGUAGUGUAAACCAUUGUAUCGAAUAUUAUUUUUGUUCUGUCGCCUUCUCUCUCUGCGUUUCCUGCUGGUGACUGUACUUUUAGCACUGCAUGGGCCAAGGUUCUGCAUAACAAAAAUAGAAUUAGAGCAAAUAUUUUUGACUGAUACUAUAGAAUUGAAAUACUGUAAGUAGGGUGACUAGAUUUAGGCACUUUUGUGUUUGCAUGUUGGAUUUUGUGUUCAUUGAAGACUGAUUGAUAACGUAGUUAAAUUGAACUGUUUAUAGUGAUGUACAAACUAGCAUAAUUUUAAGAAUAAGGAUAUGCAUUGUACAUAAUAUAAUAAAAAUAUAUAACUAUUAUAUUAAUGAAGAAAAAAAAAUGUAUUUUUACAAGUUAAAUUAUGCUCAAUUAAAUAAGUUU